AUGGCCAGGCAGGAGACGAAAGUGCCCAGGAGACAACAGACCAAGGUCUCCGGCCCUUUCAAGUUGCCGGUGAGGCCGCAACCCACGAGCAGCAGCAGCAGGGGGGCGGGGAGGGGCUUCGGCCUCUGGGAGAGUCUGCUGGAAGGGAAGACGGCGGCACGGAGGCGGGGGGUGGUUCUACUGAUCGUGAGGCUGCCGCCGGCGGGAGUGCUUCUUCUGCUGGUUCCACGGCGGCCAGAAGUCAACUCGACGGAGUGUUGAGGUCCUGUUGGUGGUGUGCUGCACUAAAUAUCAUGUGCUGAGUUGUUGUUGUUGUUGUUGUUGUUGUUGUUGUUGUUGUUGUCUUCACAUUAAAAACCGUUCCGUUCUCUCUGCCUAUUAUAGUACCUUCUUCUGUCCGUACUUGUCUAGCACUUGUGCUUCAACAAAUAUCGAGAAAGUAAUGAAGGUUGGCCACACCAGUCGGCAUUCAUAUAUGUUGAGCCGUCGGCAUAUAUGCAACACUUGAACGGCAGGGUUGCGAUGAGGUAUAGAGGGAUGGGGUGAGCUGUUACUGCUGUACCCCCGGACGCCUUCCGUGGCCGCACAGGCCAACUACCCAACAAAAGGUGCACUACCAAGCGAACAAGGAAUUAAGAAGGACAGAAAAAGUGCCACAACCGCGAUAAUACAUGCAUAUUGUAGCGAACACGCAAUAAAAAAGGCCAAACGACAAAAAAAUAAACGCGUUGGCCAAUCGAAGGCGCAGCGACGUGCACGUACUACGUACAGCAGUAGCGAGAGGCUCAGCGCGGGAGGGGGGGGGGGGGGGGGGGUAG